AUGGCUGACGGAAAGCUCACCGACCAUCAGGUCAUAGACCUGACGACGAUCCUCCGCUCCGAUCAAAGCCUAGACGCAAAGGUCAACUACCUCAACCUGAUCAAGUCCGGCAUCAAGCAGCACAAUGUCCCCGAAACAUCGGUAGCGCAGCUCUUUGAUGGCCUGCGGGCCGCGUCCUCGUCGCAACACACGUCCAUCGUCAACGUCGGCUUCACCUCGCUGAACCACCUCAUUACGCGAUUGACGCGACAGGAGCCGAAAUACCUCGCCAAAGAAGCUGCCCGCACGCUACCCCUCAUUGCUGAGAAGCUGGGCGACCAGAAAGACAAACUGCGGACAACAGCGCAUGGCGCCCUGUGCACAUACUACACGGUCGCGCCAAUCGAGGUCGAGAGGGUGAUUCGGAACAAUGCGAUGACGGGCAAGAACCCGCGCGCCAAGGAGGCCGCCAUGGCAUGGCUCUUGCAGAUGCACCAAGAGCAAGGCCUCCAGUUCAGGAGCUAUGUCCCUCUCCUGAUGGAGCUGCUCGAAGACGCCGACGGCAUGGUGCGCGACGCGGCAAAGAGCACAGUCAUCGAAUUGUUCCGCAACGCGCCAGGCGCGGCAAAGUCGGACCUCAAGCGCCAACUCAAAAACUUCAAGGUGCGGCCCGCGAUCGAGCAAUCCAUCGUCAAGGCUAUCGCGCCAAACUCUGCCUCUGUUUCCACCUCUGCUCGACCCGAGACGCCGGCAGAAGCUGCUGCCCCUGCCCCUGCCCCUAAGAGACAGGCACUGAGCGCCAGCACAACCUCGACGUCGGUCGACCGGCCCAUCACCCCGGCACUGGAAGUGCGCGCGUCGGAGAACAUUGAGCCCCAGUACGUGAACACCCACCGCGAACUCGACGACAUCUUUAAGGGGAUGGCGUGGUGCUUUGAGGGCAGAGAGUCUGAGCAGAAUUGGGUGCAGCGCGAGGCCAGCAUGGGAACCCUGCGAAAGCUCAACGCGGGUAACGCGCCGUCUGAUUUCCCAGAGACCUUCCUGACGGGCUUAAAGUCUGUGUUGGAUGGAAUCAUCAAGUCAAUGACCUCACUGCGAACAAGUCUGUCAAAGGAGGCCUGCGCCCUGGUACAGGAUGUUGCAAUCACCUUUGGGCCUGGCAUCGACCCUCUGGUGGAGCUGCUCAUGCAAACACUCGUCAGACUAUCCGCGGGUACCAAGAAGCUCAGCUCCCAACUGGCGAACACGACCAUUGAGACGGUACUGAACCGAGUCACCUACAGCCAUCGUCUGAUGCAGCAUAUUCACGGCGCCGCACAAGACAAGAACGUGCAGCCAAGGACCUAUGCUACAGGCUGGCUCAAGAUCAUCCUGAAGAAGGAGGCAGGCCACAAGGGCCACCUCGAGCAUUCCGGGGGUCUGGACUUGAUUGAGAAGAGCAUCAAGAGGGGACUGGCUGAUGCCAACCCUGCUGUGAGGGAGCGCAUGCGAUCGACUUUCUGGACUUUCUGGGGGAUCUUUCCCGCUCGGGCCGAUGCAUUGAAAGAGGACCUGGAUGCUACAGCUCAGAAACUAUUGAACAAGGAUCCCAGCAACCCCAAUGCGCCCACCAAGGCCGAAGCGCCCGUCGCACCUCGCCCUGGUCUUGGCCUCUCCAAGAGUACCGUGACCAAGCCCAGCGUCCGAGAGCACAUGCUUGCCCAGAAGAGGGCUGCUCUCGAGACCAAGAAGCUGCCAGCCAGGCCCGGGUCUGCGAUGGCGCACAUCUCGCCCGUACGCAAAGUGUCAGACCCAAAGCCGACCAAUGCUGCGAAACCUACGGGUACUAGGGCGCGCCCAGAGGCAGGCACCAUCUCGGUCAAUGCUAGCGGCAUGUCGGUGGCUCCUAUGCGUCCGGCACGCAGGCGACCAGAGAUGGCUGCUCGUCCGGCUACUGCAGGCCCUUAUUCUGUUCGCGAGCACCCCACUGCGAUGGAAGCCGACAGCCCGGGCGCCACCAGGAGCAAGGCGCCGCCGUCACGACCGCAACGCAAGGACACGCCUCCUAGAAGGACGGCUCAGCGACCAAGGCCCGGCCAUGCCUCGCACGCGAGCGAGUCGCACGUGAGAUCGCCGAGUGCUAGGCCCAAAUCGGCGCUCUCUACGCGUGGCAGCCCUGCGAAGAUUAAGAGUACGCAACCUGCUGCAACAGCCGCGCCAGCAGUGUCUAGUUCCGUGCAAGGGGAGAACGAGGUACCCGAAACGAUCCCAGCCCGGGUGAGCACGGUUGAGCCACCAGCCCCCGAGCCCGCAGCGGCGUUGGAGGAAAUUUCAGAUCCUCAGCCAGAGCAAUUGCAAUCUCCUGGCGAGGCACCCCCUGUUGAGCCAGAAGCCGAAGCCGAAGUCGAAGUCGAAGCUGAAUUUAAAGUCGAGGAGUCUCUCCCUGCGGUUGUUACCCCGGAGGACGACCGUGAGCCUACUCGGUCGCCGACACCGGCCGUGGCUGCGCCCGAAUUCACCCUUCCCAUCCACCCAGCGCCAGCUGAGCAUGAAUCUCUCAAGGUGUAUGAAGAUCCUUUCGUCGAAGAGCAGCCGACAUCCAAACCCACCAUCGUCACGCCUGUGCUGGAGGAUAGGCCUGUGAACGAGGGCGCUGCUCUACAGCCUUCUGCCAACAUCCUGGAUGGCACCAACGACUCGCCCGAGAAGGCCCGUCAGAACUCUCGCCUGCUGGACAGUGGCAUUGCUAAGAUCCGAGCCAAGUCUCUCGAGGUGCAUGGCUUUCGCAAGCUGCAGUCUCUUGUCCGCGAUAACAAGACGGUCCUGAACGACGAGAAGUCUGAGGUGCUCUUGCUGGGUCUCUUUGAGUAUCUCGAGGACCCCCUGUCUUCCGUUGCAGCGGAUAAGGUGCAGGACGUCAAGGCACAGAUCUUGACCACAAUCAAGCUCCUGCUGAAGAAGGAUCGAGAGAACUUCAAGCCGCACGUGUCCAAAUGUCUCGAGUCUUUGUUGAAGACCAGGAGCGCCUACGACAACCGGUCUCACAUUGUCAGUGGCCUGGAGCUAUUGUCCGACACGCUGGUCUCGCUAGGCGACCCGGCAGAGAUCAUCUGUGUACUGGCAGGCCGUCUCAACAAAUGUUCUGACUCGUCGGUUGAGGAUUGCCGGGCACUCAGCAUGGGCUUGCACAUUUUGAAGACACUCCUGGAGAAGCAGCCUCAGGCGGAGAGCAUCCUUGGAGACAGCGAGAUGUCCAGUCUUGGCUCGCUGGCCGGGCGCUGCCUCGAGAGCUCCGACUCGGGCGUCAGGAUGGAUGCCGUGCAGCUGUGCGUUGCGCUGCACUCCAAUGUGGGAGAGGCGACGUUUUGGGCAGUGAUGGAGGGUGUCAAGGACGAUCCCAAGAGCUUGAUCACGUAUUACAUUGUGAAAAAGCAGCGUGAGCAGGCGGUAUGA